AACAACUUCGUCUAGAAAUUCAGAUGUCACAGACAUAAGCAAGAAGAAACACAGUUUCGUUCGACUUCAAAAAAUCAAAACCCUUGAAAACCCCCUUCUUAUUUUCUGGAGUGAGAAAGUGCUACAGAGAGAAGGUAUGGUGGACGUUUCAGCCACGGGCGGUAGUUCAAGAGAACUUUCGCCGGAGGAAGAGAUGCAGAUCAUACAUUCCACAUCAAUGGCAGCCGAACCUCUAACCAAAGUAGGCGAUACGUUUUGUUUAAUUAGUCGAAGAUGGUGGGAGAAAUGGAUAAGUUAUGUUACUCAAAACAAGACAGGUGGCACAAAUGAAGGAUCAUCUUCAGAUCAUCAUGAUUUAGGCAGUUCAAAUACUCCAAAAAGGCCAUCAACCAUUGACAAUUCUGAUUUAAUUUAUGAAGCAGCAUCUACAAAUUCAACCAUGGGUAUUGAGCUCCAUGAUACACUGGUAGAACACACUGAUUACAUUUUGGUCCCUGAAGAAACUUGGAAUCAAUUAUGUUCAUGGUAUGGAGGGGGUCCUAAAUUGGAUAGAAAAGUGAUAAGUUGUGGUCAAAGUCAAACUGAAUUAUCUGUAGAAGUUUACCCUUUACGCCUUCGGUUACAUUUAAUGCCAAAAGGUGACCAAUGUGCCAUAAGAAUAAGCAAAAAGGAAACAAUUGGCACACUACACAAAAAGGCUUGUGAGAUAUUUCAGCUUAAUUCGGAGCAAGUCAGCAUUUGGGAUUACUACAGCCACAGAAAACAUGCUUUGAUGAAUGACCUGGAUAAAACCCUUGAUGAUGCCAACAUACAAAUGGAUCAAGACAUCUUGGUGGAAGCCAUUGACAAUGGUGGUGGAUGUAGAAAUGAUGUUCAAGAAAACGGGUUUGCUAAAAACGAGUCAACAGGACUUAUAGAGCCUUCCAAAACUAACUAUCCAGUUCUUUCAGCAAACAAAAAUCUUCCAAAAAACAACAAUUCAGAAGUGUCACAACUUCAGAAUUUGUCUUCUGCAAUCAAAGAAUCAGAAGAUAAGACACAGACACAGACACCUGUCAGUGUUGGUGUCAGCACACGUGGCUCUUCUGGUGGCUUAACUGGAUUGCUAAAUUUUGGAAACACUUGCUUUAUGAAUAGUGCUAUUCAGUGUCUUGUUCAUACACCAGAAUUUGCUAGAUACUUUAGAGAAGAUUAUAACCAAGAGAUCAACUGGCAUAACCCUUUAGGAAUGGUGGGUGAGUUAGCUUUAGCAUUUGGUGAGUUACUUAGGAAGUUAUGGGCACCAGGAAGGACUCCAUUUGCUCCAAGGCAAUUCAAAGCAAAGCUUGCUCGUUUUGCACCACAAUUUAGUGGAUACAAUCAGCAUGAUUCUCAGGAGCUUCUGGCAUUUUUGCUUGAUGGAUUACAUGAAGAUUUAAACCGUGUGAAACACAAGCCUUACAUAAAAUCCAGAGAUGCAGAUGGUCGACCUGAUGAAGAAGUUGCUGAUGAAUAUUGGGCCAAUCACAUUGCUCGAAAUGAUUCAAUAAUUGUGGAUGUUUGCCAAGGUCAAUAUAAGUCAACUUUGGUUUGUCCUGUAUGUGAGAAGAUUUCGGUUACAUUCGACCCAUUUAUGUAUCUGUCAUUGCCACUUCAAUCAACCACCACCCGAACAAUGAGUGUCACAGUAUUCAGCUGUGACGGAAGUGCAGUGCCCACCACUGUAACUGUAACAGUACCCAAACAGGGACGUUGCAGAGACUUGAUUCAAGCACUUUCCACUGCUUGUGCUUUAAAAAACAAUGAAAAAGUCUUUCUAGUCGAGAUACGGAAUCACUUGAUUCACCGGUUUCUGGAGGAUCCUCUCAUGUCAUUAUCCUCCAUAAAAGACGAUGAUCAUCUUAGUGCUUAUAAGAUCCCCAAGUCCAUGAAAAAUACUAAAUUUCUCCAGUUAAUACAUCGUCGUCAAGAGCUGGAAACCGGAAAUGCACGGGGCACAACGGGAUGGAAGGCAUACGGGACCCCACUUGUUUUUCCCGUUUCAUGUGAUGCAACAAUCACAAGAGGCGAUAUACAAUUAAUCGUCCACACAAUGCUCUCUCCCAUGCUAAGAACCGAACCGGUCUCUAAUUCCGAACCCGAUGACGAUUCCGAUUCCAAGACGGAAUCGGAAUCACGAAAACUUCCGCUAAAGUUAGUCGACGGAAACAACGCGUGUAUCGAUCUUUCCGUUGGGGAAGAAAGAACCGUGAGAUUCCCCUCAUCAUCAAUGUCGAUACUCCUCUUCAUUGAUUGGUCCCCAAAGCUUUUGAAAAAAUACCAAACACAUUACUUGGAAAAAUUACCCGAAGUUUAUAAAUACGGGCCCACAAAGAAAACACGAACCGAGCCUCUGUCUUUGUACACAUGCUUGGAAGCUUUCUUACGCGAGGAGCCUUUGGUGCCUGAAGACAUGUGGUAUUGUCCUCAAUGCAAAGAGAGAAGGCAAGCAAGUAAGAAGUUGGAUUUAUGGAGGCUUCCGGAAGUUCUUGUGAUCCAUUUGAAAAGGUUUUCGUAUAGCAGAUCCAUGAAGCAUAAGCUGGAGACAUUUGUCAACUUUCCAAUUCAUGAUUUUGACUUGACAAAAUACGUUGCUAAUAAAAACAACUCAAGUCGUCAAGUGUAUGAACUCUAUGCGUUGACAAAUCACUAUGGUGGCAUGGGAAGUGGUCACUAUACUGCAUAUAUUAAGCUUAUUGAUGAAAACCGGUGGUACAACUUUGAUGAUAGCCACAUAUCAGCCAUUAAUGAAGAUGAUGUCAAGUCAAAUGCUGCUUAUGUCCUCUUUUACAGAAGGGUCAAAACCGAUGACAAUGGAUCUUAAAACCCACAUUUGUAUAACAUAUUAAGAUUAUUAAUAAUAAAAAACAUGUGCACUAGAUCUUAAAAA